GAUAAGCUUAUUUCUCAAAACGAAUCACAAUUGAGAAAAAUGGGGAGCAGUGAAGGCCAGCAAACUUUUUGUUUGAAAUGGAAUCACCAUAAGACAAAUUUGGUUGAAAUCUUGGAGGCAUUAAUUAAAGUUGAAACAUACGUCGAUUGUACAUUAGUCGUUGAUGAUCAAGUCACGUUUAAAGCACACCGGGUAGUGCUUGCUGCAAAUUCUCCAUACUUUCAAUCAAUACUCGCAGAUGUGCCCAUGGACCACUGUAGUAUUCUAUUUCCGGGAGUUAAGGAUUUUGAAAUGCGUGCUCUCCUCGAGUACAUGUAUACGGGAGAAGUUAAUGUAACGCAAGCACAUAUACCUCGUAUUAUGAAAGUCGCGGAACAGCUUGAGGUAAAAGGUUUAUUUGACAUGACGGAGCUACGUCGGCGGCCUGGAAGUAGUGAACGCACUCCUGCUGCCUCACCACCUCGAGUGGUACCAGCCGCGCCUUCUAGCGUAUCACCACCUGCACCAACUAGCCGCUGGCCACCCCCACCAAUCGCUCCUGCUCUGUCAGCCGCAUAUGACUCAGCUGAUAUGAAUCCGUUGAAACGCAAGAAACUAUCAAGUAUGUUAGCUACUCGUGAUACUCCAAUAUUAAGAAAUGUUCUCGCUCAGGCUACUCCUGUUGAUUCAUCCCAACCUAUGUCACUUGUAUGCCACCCUGUUAACCAGCACGAGUCAACACGCUUACACUCAAAUGGGUCGGCUCACGAGUCUGAACGCCCUAUAAGUCCACAACGGCCUUUCGAUUAUCGACCACGUCGAUUGUCGUCCAGAGCUUCUUCUCCACACUAUAAUCGCUCAGACCGCUCCGAAGACGCUCAUUCACCAUACACUGAAAGAUCAUUUGAAGAUGAUAACCAAAGGUCUUUCCAUCCUUCUCCUCCACCGGCAAAUUUUCAGCAAGACGUAAGAGCUGGAUUAGCACCCUAUGUUCCACCACAACAGAAACCUGAAUGGAAACGGUACAAACAAUAUACAAGAUCAGAUAUUAUGUCUGCUAUUGAAUGCGUGCGUAAUGGAAUGAGCGCUCUACAAGCCUCGCGCAAAUACGGCGUUCCCUCACGUACGUUGUAUGACAAGGUAAAAAAAUUAGGCAUUACUACUAGCCGGCCGAUGAGUCGCGGAGUUAAAAGAGAAUCUAAUGGGGCCGCUUUUCCCUACGGCUUAAGUGGGACUGGGGGCAACGAAGAUGGAACACCGACGACGCCACUUAUUGAUCCAUCAUUCUUGCAACAAGCAUUAGAGGGUGCUACUCGAGAUGGCGGGCGAGAGGCCUUACAUGCAAUGGCUUUAGCAGCAGCUGCCCAUGCAGCACUGGCUCCCAGAACUCCACCGCGCUCUGCACCGCAAUCACCUCGAUCGCCGAUUCCUCAUGACGAUGAUCAUGUUGAGGACUUAUCAAUUGCACGUCGACGUGAUCCAGACCCACCUUCAGGUGUUAUUGUUCCACCUCGCAAUUUGGCUCUUGACUGUGGCAGCGAAAGAGAUUGA